GUUGAGACAAUAUGACCACGCGAAAUACAACAACAAGUUAAGAAUUCGCGAAAACACCCUUCGUAAUCGUCUUCAAACAUGGAACAGUUAGUAAGUCGCCUGGAGGCAGUUACUAAUCGUCUUGAGGCUGUAGCUUCUCGUAGUGGGGGUGGCUCUGUAAAAGUUGUUGCAGAUGAUGAUCCAGCUUGGUUUGAUGAUUUUAAAGAAUAUAAUGCAAAGACUUUAACUGGCUUUGUCAAUAGUACCAUAGCUCUUGGUGGUGAUUUGGAACAUUUGGGCAAGUUAGUUGAUGAUGCAUUUCGUUCCCAUAUGACCUUACUGGAGAUAGCUGCACACCAUAAUCGUCCGAGUCAGGCUGAUUUCGAGGCAUUAUUAAAACCUUUAAGUGAAGCCAUAUCCAAAGUACAAGAUUUUCGGGAGAAGAACAGAUCAAGUAAACAGUUUAAUCACCUGUCUGCUAUUUCAGAAGGACUUCCAUUUUUAGGUUGGGUUGGCGUGGCACCCAAGCCUGUUCUAUAUAUUCAACAAAUGGAAGAAUCUGCACAGUUUUAUACAAAUAAGUUAUUGAAGGAUUUCAGAGAAUCUGAUCCUAAGCAAGCUAAUUGGGCUACUUCAUUUAUUCAACUGCUGAAAAGUUUUUCAGGUUAUGUUAAGGACCAUCACCAGGCAGGAUUAACGUGGAACAAAGAAAAACCUGCAGCUACACCUGCAGCAUUAACUUCUAAAAAACCAACUAUUUCUUCAAAACCAGCUGUGCCUCCAGGGCCACCUGGUGGUUUUGCACCUCCACCACCUCCACCUGUGCAAGCUCCUACUGCAACUCAUACAUCUGUUGAAAAUCAUGGUGCUGAAGACUCACGAUCACAAUUAUUUGCACAGCUCAGCAAAGGAAGUGACAUCACAUUAGGGUUAAAGAAGGUUACAGAUGAUAUGAAAACUCAUAAGAAUCCUGAACUCCGUAAUCAACCACCUGUGAAAAGCUCAGUAUUAGACCCUAAACCUUAUGCUCCCCCUAGUCUUAAAAAGUUUAGUGCUCCUAUUUCGAAGCCUGUUAAAAAACCAGCAGUAUUUCAGUUGCAAAAUAAAAAAUGGCUCAUUGAACAUCAAGAAGGAAAUAAUCAUUUAGAAAUUGCACAGUGUAAUGACAAACAAACUGUUUACAUGUUUAAGUGCAAUCUAUCAACUCUUCAUGUCAAGGGGAAAGUCAAUUCAAUUAUUUUAGAUAGUUGUGAAAAAUGUAAUGUAGUGUUUACAGACGUCAUCGCUACAUUUGAAUUUACAAAUUGCAAAUCUUGCAAAGUACAAAUCGAUGGUUUCGCACCGACAAUUUCAAUUGAAAAGACUGAUGGUGCUCAAGUUUUCAUUAACCCUGCUUGCUUAGAAUCACAAAUUGUAACUGCCAAAUCAAGUGAGAUGAAUAUUUGUGUGAGAAAACCUGACGGAGAUUUUACUGAGUAUCCGCUUCCUGAACAAUUUAAAACUGUUUGGAGUCCUGCAUCUAACAAGUUUUUAACAAGUACUAUGGAUCUCAACCUUUAGAUACCAUGAUAAACCGAAUGUUUUUUUUAAUUGUCAUCUAAUGCGUCAUGUGAAUGUUGUUACUUUUGUAUAUGUUAAAUUGAAUCUUCUAUUGUAAAUUUUAUGUAAAACUUUCCCAAAAAUGUUU